AUGCCUGUACCACGGAAUCGGAUCUGCCGAAGCGGGGCUUCGCUCGAAGAAGUGGGGAGUUAUUCGCGGCGGACCUGCACCCCCAUCCCGGUGCCUGCUUUCUUCAAAGAAGCCGAGCGCAGCUUCUCCCUCAAGAAGCGCCGCCAGCCAGCCUGCUCCAACUCUUACUCCGUCCUCUCCCGCUCCCUGCCCCCUCCUCGCCCCCCCGCCAAGGGGGUCCCGCCACUCAGCCGCCUCUUCCCCAAUCGGGAGCGCUCCUGGAGCCAGCCCCGCCCCCGGGGGGUGUCGUUCAGGGAGCCCCCUGAGCAGCCCCUCUCCUCCAGCCACUACGAUGAGAGCAAAGGGGAGACGUACUUCCAGCAGUGCUUCCAGUGCCUGUGCAAGCUGGGCAAGGGCUCCUUCGGGGAGGUGUAUAAGGUGCGCAGUCGCGAGGACGGACGCUGCUACGCGGUGAAGCGCUCGAUGGACCGUUUCCGCGGAGACGGCGACCGGCAGCGCAAACUGCAGGAGGUCCGCAAACACGAGCGGCUGCCACCCCACCCCAACUGCGUGGGCUUCCAGCGCGCCUGGGAGGAACGUGGCCGGCUCUACAUCCAGACAGAGCUGUGCCGGGGCAGCCUGCAGCAGCACUGCGAGGCCCAGGCUGAGCCGGCGGGAGAGGCCCAGGCUUGGGACUUCCUCUGGGACCUGCUGUGCGCGCUCCGGCAUCUCCACCGGCACGGGCUCCUGCACAUGGAUGUGAAGCCCGCCAACGCCUUCCUCUCCCCGGCCGGGCGCUGCAAGCUGGGGGACUUUGGUCUGGUUCUGGAGCUGGGAGAGGGGGCGAGGGGAGAGGGGCAGGAGGGAGACCCCAGGUACAUGGCUCCAGAACUGCUGAGGGGAGUAUACACACCGGCCGCCGAUGUGUUCAGCCUGGGCCUCACAAUCCUGGAGCUUGCCUGCAACAUGGAGCUGCCCACGGGAGGAGAGGGCUGGCAGCAGCUGCGCCAGGGGUACCUGCCUCCAGAGUUCACCUCCGGUCUCUCCCCGGAGCUCCUGUCUGUGUUGAGGGUGAUGCUGCACCCUGACCCCUCUCGCAGGGCCUCAGUCUCCCAGUUGUGCUCCCUGGCUGCUCUGAGGCGUGUUCGCUGGAGACGCAGCCUGUCCCUUGCUGUGAGAGAAGCGCUGAGCCGCGUGCUGUCGUUCUGUCAGUGGCUGGUGUCGCUACUAUGUGGGGUCUGGCUCGCCCUCGCCCCCCUGCCUCUCCGCUGGGUCACGCUGACGAGGGCUGGGACCCCCGUCCUGACGGACAGCAGCAGUGAUCUGGAGCCAGACAGCGUUGGGGACGAGGUCUUUCAGCUGCCCUCCCUGCUGGCCCUGCAGCCAGACUGCUCCCCGACCAGACUCCGAGGUGGUUUUUGUUCCCCGUCUCUGCGAGGGCGCUUGUCUCUGGGCAGCACCUCCACUCCACGCCGCCUCUCUCCUCACAGCUCCAGCUCCAAAAGGAGUGGAGACAGCACCCCCAAUGUGAGUGGAAUCAGUGAUGCCUGCUGCUCCCCUUCCACCCUGAUCCUCACCUCCUCGUCCUCUCCCAGCACAGUGAGCCCCCAGCCUACCCUGCCCGUCCCGCCCAGACCCGGGUUCGAGCCCCGCAACCUGCUCAGCCUGUUUGAAGAGGUAUCUCUGGAACAGCAAGAAUGAAGAGACUCACUUCGGCAUACAUCGCGCACACACACACACAGACUGCUGCCAGAGGGGAAAGGCAGACUGAUCAAAGCUGUUUUAUUUGGGGGGGGGUUGUUUUUUGUUACAAAACAGAUUUAUAUUUAUAAAAAAAAAAAAAAGUACAAUAAUAAUUAAAUAAAAAUUGUUUCAGAGCAGUGUGACUACAUGCUGAGAACUGAUACACACUUGCGCCAGUUUAAACAGGAAUGAAAAUCAGACUCGUGUUGCACAGCAUUGUCACCCAUUCCAGGUUUUACUACCAGCUUCAUUAGCCCAGUGUGUGUCUAGUUCUGGUACUGCCUGAUCCACUGUACAGUAGAACUGUGAAAACAGAUUAUUCGACAGUCUGGAUUAAGCUGUCUGCUGAGAUCUGGUGCAAGGGUCGCUGGUGUGGAUCGGGGCUGAUUCACCGUUCAGCUGCUUGGGGUUUGUGACGAUCGCUGUUUUUCUGAAAGACUCUGUGGAGAGCAGCAACCCACAUGAACCCCAAGCAGCUGCUUCUUACUUCACUCUGAACGGGUGAAUCAGCCCUGAUCCGCACCGGCGAUCCUCGCGCCCGAUUGUCAGCCCCUGACUGUCUGAGGAGAGCGCCGUCCCGAUAAUCGCUUUGUGCAACUCUAACUGUGUGAUGUUUGUUUUGUAAGUCGCUUGACCGCCUUUUUGAGUUUAUCUGGAGCAAUCUUUUUUGUUUUGUUUCUGCAAUGGGUCGUGGAAGUAAUUCAUUUAUUGAGUUAUUUGGAUAAAUCUUGUAUUAUUGAAAUAAAUUGCUAUUAUUGCUA